UUGCUGGGCAGACAACACCCCGCCUUAGCCAUCCGUACCACAGCGGCACCGCUCUCUGAGCGCUCUGCCCCGCCUCAGCCACAAGAAGGGCGGGGACCAGGAUUUGAGUGACAGGACGAUCUGAGGGAGGGUAAAGACACAGCAGCCAAUAGUAACUCCGGCUAGCCUUGACGAGCAGAGCUCGCAGCCAGCCGGAUUUAGCGCGCGGGAGGAAGGCGGGGCGCCCCGUUGCUAGGGCCGCGCUGUUGCUAGGGCCGCGGCAGAGCGCGUUGGCGGCCGCCUUCCCGAUCCGCCGCCUCUGCCUUUCUCGGGCCGGGGCGAUGGUGAAGCUCUCCGCCAAGUGCCUGCUGGCAGGUGAUCCAGCUGUGGGGAAGAGUGCUUUAGCCCAGAUGUUCCGCAAUGAUGGGGCUCAUUUUCAGAAGAACUAUACAUUGACAACGGGCAUUGAACUGUUGGUGAAGGCUAUAUCAGUUCCAGAGACAAGUGAUAGUGUGGAAUUCUUCAUUUUUGACUCUGCAGGCAAAGAUCUAUUUUCUCAGACGCUGGAGAAACUGUGGGAGCAACCAAAUGUCCUGUGCCUUGUGUAUGAUGUCACUAAUGAGCAAUCUUUCAACAACUGUGCCAAGUGGCUGGAAAAGCUGAGGGCACAAGCAGUUGGAAUGCACAUCCCAGGUGUCUUAGUGGGGAAUAAAACAGAUCUGGUUGGUCGUCGAGUUGUGGAACAGAAACAAGCACAGGAAUGGGCUGACAAACAUGGCCUGGAAUACUGCGAGAUGUCAGUAAAGGAGAUGAAAAAUUUUGAGGCCCCUUUCAACAUCCUGGCAAAGUCAUUCUACCAACUGUACAAAGAAAAAGUGGAAACCUUUCACUCACUAGCUUGAGGGCCAUGACUGGGAUGACUUAACUUCAGAACUUCUUCUAGUGCCCAGAAUCCUAUGGAUUGGAAUACAGAGAGAGGAAAAAAGAUGAGCUUUUUGCUUCUUCACAGUCAUCUUCUGGUAAUUCAAAAUAAACUAGAAAUAAGAGAGUGGAAAGACAUUAUUUUGGAAUUGCUACCUUAGCAUCCCCUUCAUGUCCUUUACUUCGGUUCUCUGCUCACUGAAAAUCAGUUAGGUUGGAGGAGGCAGGGAGUAAAAGAGGGAGGGCAGAAUGGAAAUUGCCAGCUUUUUGCCUUGAUAAUAGUGCCUUGUCUCAUGUCUGAGCAAACUUCCUGCUGCUAUAAGGAAGGAUGUAGAGAUUUGGAGGAGGAGAGAAGAAGCUGACAGGAUAUUCUUCAGCUUAAGCAACCCAGCACUGGUAUAUACGUUGCAGGGCAGGACUGAUUCAGCCCCGCUACUUGCGAAGCAUUUUCAGUAGAAAGUCUGUGGCCUAAAAUGGAUACGUAGUUGGAUUGGAUUUAGGUGUGUUUCUGGGAACGCCCAGAGUUUGAGGCCUAUUUUAACAGUGUUAUUCGUAUCAGUUCUAGGAUUGAUACAGUGAUGACUAACACCUCUUUGUAAUGCCAAGAAUUUGGUUUUCUUCAACGAGGCUCUUCCACUGCCAGUCUGUCUUUCAUCUGUGCCAUUGUCACUUGGUAACGCAGUGCCCUCUGCUGGCCCCAGGUCACAACAUUUCUGAAGCAGCUACCUCUGUUGAAGCAAGAAGGACUUUAUACAGUCUUACCCAAAUUGGUUUACUUGUAAAAUGAGAUCAUAUGGUGAGAAUCUCUCUUUUAUUCCAGGGGCAAGUCUAAAACUGAAAUUGCCCUUCCUUCUUCUCAUCAUGUUCUCAUGUUCUCAUAGGUUUAGUUCUCAAUCCCUUACUAGAAUCAGUCACCUUUGUUGUUAAACUUUCCCUGCUUAUCCUUGAAUUUCAAAGUACAAGCUAUGAUUCUGAUUUCAGUUGUGGAAACAGGAAAUGAAAGACAAACUGGCUAAGUUAAUUUGAUUCAGCCAUGUAUAGCUAGAAAUUUUGUAUCAGAAAGGGUAAAAGCCUGGACAGAACUCUGUGUGAGAUGUUGACAUUGCCUAUGUAAGAAUUACUAAUACUUGCUAAUGGAGUAUAUGAAAACAUCCAGUUACGUACUGCCUUGCUGGUGGACCUAACAUUAAAGAAUUCAAAACUGUAGCAUUUCUCCUCUUUGAGAACUAUUUUAGCCUCCCUUGGGUAAGGAAGGCUAAUUUCUGAGGAGAAUAAACACUAAAGAGUUUUUCAGGCAAGCUUUUCAGGAAUCUGUGUUUCAAUACUUUUAUACGUAUAUUUUAUAACCACUUUUAUGCCCAGUGCUAGGAAUAUGACUGCAGAUGUUGUAGCAGAGUUUAUGAAGCACUUCAAGAAUCUGCAAUAGCAGCUGGGCUCAUUUCACUGGCAACACUAUGUUGAUGCUGGGAAUUAGCUAGGGAGCAUGAACACAAGCUAAAGAGGUUAAGCAGGCCCUGAGCUUGCUGGAAAAGAAAAUAAAUAGGUUUGUUGUUUUGUUUUGUUUUUCACAAAUCCACUUGGGGGAGAAAAAAAAAA